AUGGUAAAGUUAAAAUUAAAUUAGGCAUUUCAAAAUGGGCGCCAACGUUUCAAUAUGUUUUCAUUAACCACUUCACAUCGUUAUUUAGAACACCUAGUAAAAAAGUUUUGCCGCCAAACCCUCCGUCACGUGAGACCUGAUUCUAGUACCGAAACAGUUGUGUAUUUUGCCAGUAAAACGUACAACCUCCCAAAGCACCGAAUAGUUAUCUGGCAACAGCUAAAUCCUCUCUGGCAAUAGACAAAAAUUUGGUUCGAUUUCCAACUUGAAAAUUCCCGGCAUUUUUUUAGAGAAAUUCCAAAACCCAAUUUGGCGCCAAAACCACACGCUACAAAACACCCCCCCGCCUCUUUUUACACACUGCGCCUCGUUCCAUUAUAGAGAGAAAAAGAGAGAACCAGACAGAGAGAGAGAGAGAGAGAGAGAGAGAGAGAGAGAGAGGAAUGGCGAAAUCGGUGAACCCAGAUGCGAUAUCGUUCCUACUGGCGAACCCAUCUCCGGAUUUUUCGUCGGACGCUCCGACGGACAUCGUGGUUCAAAUCCUCGAUCUGAAGAAAGCUGGAAAUAAAUUCUCGUUUAUGGCUAGCGAUGGGAAGAUGAAGCUUAAAGCACUUUUACAAUCUACUUUGUCAUCUGAAGUCGAGUCAGGAAAAAUUCAGAACUUGGGUCUCAUUAGCAUUCUUAAUUAUACCGUAAAUGACAUCCCAAUGAAGAAUGAGACAACCUAUUCGACCCAGACGGUUUUUUCUAAGUUUUUAAUUGUAACAAAAUGUGCAGCAGUAUCCCCAGCUCUUGAGGCAGAGAUCAAAGCUGAGGGGAAAAUGGAAGAAUCUGGCAUUGUUCUCAAACCAAAGCCAGAAAUGGCUAUCACAAGUGAGGUUAAAAGUGAAGGGACAGGCAUAAUUUUAAAGCCAAAGCAGGAACUGGUUGUGAAAUCAGCUGCACAGAUAGUGCAUGAGCAGAAUGGGAAUAUGGCACCCGCUGCACGAAUGGCAAUGACAAGAAGAGUCCAUCCCCUUGUUUCUUUGAAUCCUUACCAAGGGAACUGGACCAUAAAAGUCAGGGUUACAGGCAAAGGAAAUAUGAGGACCUAUAAAAAUGCCAGAGGAGAAGGUUGUGUCUUCAAUGUGGAGUUAACAGAUGAAGAUGGCACACAAAUACAAGCAACAAUGUUUAAUGAAGCUGCAAAGAAGUUUUAUGAAAAGUUUCAGUUGGGGAAGGUUUAUUACAUCUCAAAGGGAACACUUAAAGUUGCUAAUAAGCAGUUCAAGACAGUACAAAAUGAUUAUGAAAUGACCUUGAAUGAAUACUCUGAGGUUGAGGAAGCAAGUAACGAAGCUACUUUUAUUCCUGAAACAAAAUUUAAUUUUGUCCCGAUUGAUGAGUUGGGUCCAUAUGUCAAUUCAAAGGAAUUUGUAGAUGUCAUUGGUGUGGUUCAAAGCGUAUCUCCGACAGUGAGCAUUCGAAGGAAAAUUAAUAAUGAGACUAUUCCAAAACGCGAAAUAACUAUUGCAGAUGAAUCGAAGAAAACAGUUGUCGUGUCUCUAUGGAAUGAUCUUGCUACGACUGUUGGACAAGAGCUGCUGGAUAUUUCUGAUAAGUCCCCAGUAGUUGCAAUUAAAUCCCUGAAAGUUGGAGACUUCCAAGGUGUAUCUCUGUCAACCUUGAGCAAGAGCAUCAUAGUAGUAAAUCCAGACACCCCUGAAUCGAAUAAGUUGAGAUCCUGGUAUGAUUCUGAAGGCAAAGAAACUUCAAUGGCAUCUGUUGGCUCUGGAAUGAUCACUGCAACCAAUAGUGGAAUGAGAUCCAUGUACUCUGACCGAGUCUUGCUUUCUCACAUAACCCGUAACCAGUCCUUGGGUGAAGAAAAGCCUGCAUUUUUCAGCAUAAAAGCGUACAUUAGCCUCAUCAAGCCUGAUCAAACAAUGUGGUAUCGUGCUUGUAAGACAUGCAAUAAGAAAGUCACUGAAGCUAUUGGAUCUGGGUAUUGGUGUGAAGGAUGUCAGAAGAAUGAUGAUGAGUGCAGUUUAAGAUACAUAAUGGUAGCGAAAGUAGCAGAUGCAAGUGGUGAAGCUUGGGUGUCGGUUUUCAAUGAACAAGCUGAGAAAAUUAUCGGGUGCUCUGCGGAUGAGCUUGAUGUACUGAAAUCCCAGGAGGGCGAAGGAAAUGAUUUCCAACUGAAACUGAAAACAGCUACAUGGGUUCCUCAUCUUUUCCGAGUCAGUGUUACACCGCAUGAAUACAUGAGUGAGAAAAGGCAGAGGAUAACAGCCAGAACGGUUGCCCCAAUCGAUUUCGCUGCUGAAUCUAGGUUUUUGCUGGAGGAUAUAUCAAAGAUGAAGGCCUCUCAAUGAUGAACAAAGUUUUAUUGAAGUUUGGAGUUUUGGCAAGCAGGCCUUCACGUCUUAAGAAGCUAUCGUUUUUAUUUUUAUUUUUAUGUUUGAACAUGGGUUCCAAUUUAGUUAGGAAAUGACUAUUGACGUCUAGACCAGUUCUUGUAAUAUAUGGUUUAGUUACUUAGCUUAAUGUUUAUUUUUGGAUUCACCCA